AACAGCAAGCUUCCACUGUAGAGACACUGAUUAAUCCAGCGCAAACCUUUACCUUCAAGAAACUGCUAUUGGACUAACAAUCAGAGUUCGGGAUUAACAACAAGCAUGUCUGUUCAUCGCGUGAAGUAGUUAAGGUGCCUGACGCACGCGUUUAAACAGGACGACCCGAGCUGGUUCAUAUUUCUAAAACGCGUGUAAACAGGACGACCCGAGCUGGUUCAUAUUUCUAAAACGCGUGUAAACAGGACGACCCGAGCUGGUUCAUAUUUCCAACCCCCCACCCCAUAGUUGGAGCGCGAGACCCUGUUUCUCGGUUACAAAUCCGCACUGGACAGAAGCGGAAGGAGUUAUCAGAUUUGUCUCGCCAAAGCUUCUUCGGUGUUGUUUCGAGAUCUAAUGUAAAAGGUUUCGUAUGCGUUGCUGUGCCUGUCCCGUGCAGCGCGCCAGCUUCAGGACAGGCUGCACGGAGCGUGCACACACCCGUGCAGCUGGCGCGCUCCACACGUCCGACGUAUGUAAACCCAGAUGACAUGCUCCCGUGCCGCGUUCUCAUUUGACUUCUUUAGCUAGUAUAUUUCUUCCUAAGGUUAAACGCCAUCACCGGACACUGAUGGCGUCUACCACCCCAUGUCGAGGUGUCUCUUUGUUGAGAGAAACUGACAAGGAUUUCUUAAUCACACGGUUGAUACAACAAAUCGAGGAUCUCCACAUAUCUCUCACAUCUAUCAGAAGAUCAGGCACCCCCUGGGCUUGUGAGCCUCUCAUCUGCGGCAGCUCCCCAGAUCCAGUCCACAUUCUGAGGCAUCACCACAACAACCAGCUGAGGACGCUGACCCACCGUUGGAAGAGACUUGGUCUUCCACACUCUGCUACCAGGACGAGGGACGUGUACACAACUGGACAUAGCCAGGAUGUAUUUAAGACUGAGCCCCCACUGAAAAUCACCCCCAUACAAGCCAGUCCCACAGUUGCUCUGAGAGACAGAAGAGGAGGAAACGUGGAGAGAAUGAAGGGCUCACCCAUCUCCGAUACUGGAAUUCCUGAGGUGGAAGUGAACGACACACGUUCAACUAAUGACACAGCAGUGCCAUUCCAGUUCCACUCCGACAACAGUGAUCUUUCAGAUCAGGAGAAAGAAAGUGUUCAGGUCUCCAAGGGGGCGGCACCUGUGGACUUGAACCUCAGACCAGAGCCAUUUGAGACAGACCUAGACUGUGCUUGUUCACCAGAGACAGCACAGGUUUAUCCGGAGGUUCUUCCUGCACCUCUCAAAUGUCUGGACUUCACUCCUGGUAUGUCCUCUACAGCAGGGCCUGAGGGCCAACAGAGGCUGCUGAGCGACCCUUGCCUUGCUCCUAUGGUGGCUCGUCUGAUGGAGCUCAAGAGGCUCCAGGCUGCCACGGUCCAGAAAGAGCGAGUGAAACCAGCACGAUCCCGCCCAGCUACUGCGAACACUGGCACGCGAAACUCCAGCCGCUUGAGAAAAGGUGACCUCCCAGGGUCCAGGUCAGGAACUGCAGGGGAUGCAGACUGCACCUCUGUGGCAUGUGGUUUAACCAGACUCUCACUCUGUCCCAAUUCUUUAAGCAGAUGCAGGCAUCUUUCUUGCCCCUUGACAAAGUCAGGCCAGGGAUGUGUCCCAGGAGGCCAGGACUCAUGGCUCAAUCUCACCUUGCCUAAAGAACCAUGCGUCACAUCAGACAAACUCAUCCAGCCCAGAACUCCAGUUCCAGCUUCCUCCAUUAGUGGGAACGUGUUACCCAAAUCCAAACUAAAUAGGACUAAGAGACUCAGAGCAACAAAAAAAGGAACAUCAAAACCACAGAGAGAGAACUAUGCUUAUUCCAGAAGGAUUUUGGCAACUCUUAGCAGGAAAACCUGAUGGUAGGAGUUUAAAUGAUAGUGAUUUAGGUCAUAUAUCAUGCUUCAUCUGUGGGAGUUGUCAUUUAGGAACAGCAGUCUAGAAGCCUUCAGUUGUGUUAGGACAGAACUAAGUAUCUACUCUGCAGUGUGUGUCUUGCUAUAGAUAAUAGCAAUACACUCGAUCACAUUA